GUAUGGUGGGUAAUGAUGGCGCCAUGUUUUUCAGGGAGUCGGGCCCACGUUCUGCUCGCGCUCAGUCAGCAGGACGGGAUAGAAGAACACAUGGAUUUUGAGUCGCGCUUCACGUUGCUCCAACUCUUUGCUGAGACAACCAGCUCAGAAGAACAUUGUAUCUCCUUUGAUGGGGUACACCUACCUCAGAUUCCGGGGAAGCAGCUCUUCUCAUUGGUGAAGAGAUACCUGUGUGUGACCUCCAUGAUGGACCAGCUGAGCAGUGACCGGCCCGAUGGUGGUGUGACCUCCAUGAUGGACCAGCUGAGCAGUGACCGGCCCGAUGGUGGUGAGACCUCCAUGAUGGACCAGCUGAGCGGUGACCGGCCCGAUGGUGGUGUGACCUCCAUGAUGGACCAGCUGAGCGGUGACCGGCCCGAUGGUGGUGAGACCUCCAUGAUGGACCAGCUGAGCGGUGACCGGCCCGAUGGUGGUGUGACCUCCAUGAUGGACCAGCUGAGCGGUGACCGGCCCGAUGGUGGUGAGACCUCCAUGAUGGACCAGCUGAGCGGUGAGCGGCCCGAUGGUGGUGAGACCUCCCCGCUGCAGAGACACUUUGAUUUCAGCAUGGCCAUGGGCAGCCUGAUCUGUGAACUGGUGCGGGUGAUGGGCUGGGCCGCUGAGACGCCAUCUAGAGGCUGGAGGGGAAAUGGCACUAAAUCCUCCAUUUAUAGGAAAGUCUUCCCUUCAUGUCGGAGGAUCUCACGCAGAAAACAUGGAUUGAAGGUGCGAUCGGACUUCUCCCGCAGAGGUGAUUACACGGAGUACCUGGAGCGGGUUCUCCUUCCCGGCAUGUCGGUGCGGAUGGUGGAGGACUGUGAACCUCUGAAAGCUGGAGAUGAGGGAGUCUUCCUACAAAGCCUCACCGGACUUCCUGCAGAGGUAGACUGGCACAGACUGGGGCACACACGGCCAGUACAAUGGUUCAUGUUGGAGGUGGUGAAACAUAGAGGGUACAUCAUGGAGUCGGACGAGAAGGUCAAACCAGUUCCUGGUCAUGUGAUCACCGAGUCGGUGAUCCCGGCGUUGUCCUCAGACGGCACCUCGUCUCAUCCAGAUAAGAAUUGCGCCACCAUCAGGCGGGAGGAUUGGUGGGAGAUCCUAUUCUUCAUCCAGCAACUGGAGGAGGAGCCUCAGAGGAGGGUGAUGGAGAUGAUUGGAGGCUCCUUGGAGAAGGGACGGCUGCCUCCUGUCCAGAUGUCGGUGUCUGUGGACGUAGCUCAGGAAAUGCUGGCGAUCAUUGUGAAGAACUGUCAUGGCCAUCUUCUGUGUGACCUACAGACCUCACAUGUCUAUAACCAGUUCUAUGGAAAGGCGAAGUCCCAUGAUACUGCCGGCGUUUGUGACCAUGCCUCUCCCACUAGCCCCACCCCAAGCAUAUCACAGGUGGGAACAGGACAGGGGGUGGAUGCUGGAUCCUCUGAUCUGCAGACACUAAACACUCUUCUCAUGCUGGAAGGGAUGAUGGAGCUCUCUGAGAAGACGGGAGGACUGAGCAGUGACCACGAUACUGAGAUAAAGAGAUCCCUGGAAAGCUGUCGGGUUCUUGCACCUGGUGUCCGCCAUGUUGGUUUGGAGCAUGACUGGAAAUUUGCUGACAGAAAUGUGAUCCAGGAAGGGGCCAGAGGAGCCUCCGGGAAUUCAGACCUCAGCAGUGAGAAGAUGGUCGGUAUGUUGGUGGAACUUCUUACAUCCCAGAUGAAGGACAAGCUGCUGGUGGUGACGAGUCUGCAGUUGACGUACCUGGUCAUGUCCAAGUAUGACUGGCGGGUCUUGUUUGCCACAGAGGGAGGGGUGAGAGCCGUGUUGGGGUGUAUGCAGGAACAUCGUCUCUCUGCCGCUGUUCAGCAUAUAGGGCUCGCGGUCCUGAAGGUGCUGACUGGUGCGGACGGCUCUGAUUCUCAGGGACAGUCGAGACAUAACACCACCCUGAGUCCUGGGGACGCUCAGGUGAUAAAGGAGAUCUUCUCCAGCAUUGGAUCUGCAGCCAGCGGCUCCUCCAGCAGCCUCCUCAGGGCCAUCCCCAACGCCAUUACCAAGAUGAUAAGUGUGGAGGGGUGUUUCUCCUCGGUGUACAAUGGUCUCCUGCUCCUCCGGAUGCUGAUGGAGAACCAUAAGGGUUUGUCUGAACAGCUGUCCAGUAUGGAGUUUUCCUCCGUCCUCCAGAGCUUCUUGGAGGAGCCCUGCAGUUCUAUGGAUGAGCCUCAGCGCCACCUCCUGUCUCUUCUCCUCCACUGCAGCCCGCAGAUCACUGGGAGUACUCCCGGGCUGGCAGUCCAGGAAAUGGAUCUCUCGUCUUUGCUGAGUGCUCUGAAGGACAUUCGGAUGUGUCGGGAAAUGCUGCCCUCCUUGGAGCGUUGCGUUUGUGAAGACGUCUCCUCACUACGUUGUAAUGUUCCACAACUUCUCACCGACUUCAGCUUUUUCCUGCAGCUCCUCUCCUGCCUGGAACAGCUUGGGGACGAGAAACGUCUACAACUCUGUGUGUACAGGAUCCUAAACAAGGCCUUACAUCUGUAUGAAGAGGACGUCCUUCCUUGGCAUAAGUCCAUUUCACCGAGCCUGAGAAUUCUGGAAGCUUCUGGUGGGGACAGAGAGCUCUUCCAGGAGGUGGUCCGUUUCCUCUACAGCUUGGCGGUGGCCAGUAAGGACUGCGCUAUGGUCAUGAGUGGUCUCAGAGCUGGAGAUAUUCUAAGUAAAACGUUGGACAAACAGAGCUCUGAUGAGUUGACAUCGAAACUCCGAGACCUCCUAACAACCUGUGAGACAUACACUGCUGUACACCACAAGAUGGCGGCCUGCGUGGUGGCUGGAUGUAUGCAGGUACAAGUAUUAUUCCUGUCCACGGCACUCUCAUCCACCAAGGCGGAGCAGAAGGAGGAGAAAUGUUGGGAGAAGAUGGACGUCUCCUCCAAUCCUCAUCGUGUGAGCCGACUGACCGAUGGAAACCCCAAAUCUUAUUGGGAGUCGAGUGGAAGCCUUGGGUCCCAUUCCAUCACCAUCCACAUGCAGCGAGGGGCGGUGAUCCGGCAGCUGGCGAUGGUUGUGUCCAGUGAAGAUUCCAGUUAUAUGCCGUCCCGAGUGGUAGUGAUGGGAGGGGAGAACCAAUCACACGUGAAUACAGAGCUGAACGCGGUGACCAUCGCCAGCACAGCCGGGCGUAUUCUGCUACUGGAUGGUGUCACUCGUUUCUGGCCUAUCAUUCAGAUCAAGAUCAAGCGGUGUCAGCAGGGCGGGAUUGACACGCGUGUUCGGGGCCUGGAGAUCUUGGGGCCAAAGCCAACGUUCUGGCCGGUGUUUAAGGAGCAGCUUUGUAGAAGAGCCUUCUUGUUCUACACCAGCAGGGGGCGUAGCUGGGGGCAGGAGAUCUGUGACAACAAGGAGAACCUACUGCAGCUCUUCAGCAGGUUGGAGAAGACGUUGUCCCAGGAGGAGGAGUUCAUCGACCGUUUCCUCCCCGAUGAUGAGGCCGCUCAGGCUGUGGGCCGGAUGUGCCGGGAGGCUCUGAUCUCCCCCCUGGUGCAGAGUAUCACCACCUCAGAUCCUGGAGGAACGAGUCCUCUUCAUUGGCUCCUCACACGUUACCUGGAGAACAGCCAAUCAGGAUUGUCCACCUUCGAUUCCCGAGUGCGGAGACUGACCCGCCUCCUGGUCCAAGUGGACACCGCCCCCCCCGGCACCACCGGACUGAAACCCCCCAAUAAUACCAGUGGAGAGAACGGCGGCUCCUCCAGUGGGACAGUGAGCGCCUCCUGCUGUGGGGUGGGCAGUAUGGUCGGGAUGGCGGAGUGCUGGCAGGGGGUGGUUGAGCAGCAGGUGCGGCACUUCCUGGAGGAGCGGUGGAAGGAGGAGGAUCCGGUUCCUGAAUUCUGCUCCAUGUACGCGGCGUACCGGGGGGCCCUGGAGGAAAUGUUCGCUCAGCGGGAGCCGUUUUUACUCGCUUUACAGCAAGGAUUCUGCCGGGGCGUGUCACACCUCCCAUCCCCCACUGCACUACAUGUAAUGGAGCGGUUUGCUCGGUACAUUGAUCGGCAGAUUAUUGCUGUUCGAUCCGAUUCCUCAGAUUUCCAGUCAAUGGAGAAGCUUCAGCAGUUCCUGGAAUUUGUUCUUUUCCUAUCAGAUCUGGAAAUGUGUAAUUCCUUCGAACAUUUCUACAGGCAUUACCUGGCUGAGCGUCUGCUGACAUUUGGACUUUGCUGGUUGGAGAAUUUUGUGGUCGAUCGGAUCGGAAUUUGUUUUCCAAACCAGUUUCCUCAGCAAAUGUUAAAAAAUCUGCAGGAGGCAAAAGAUCUUCAGAGAGAAGAACAUCUGUACUGGCUGAAGGAGGAGGACACUGAACUCCUAUCAGAGGAGGAGGGGAUGGUGACGAUGGAGGACGGCGGUGGGACUGAUUGGAUGGAGGACGGCGGUGGGACGGAUUGGAUGGAGGACGGCGGUGGGACGGAUUGGAUGGAGGACGGCGGUGGGACGGAGGACGGGUUCGAUGUUGAGGUUUCUCUCCUCUCAGCUCAGUGUUGGCCGUUCUCUGAUCACCUCUUUAUGUACGACCCACAGAAGUAUUUUUCCAGUUCCUUGGCUCUCCCUCUGCUGAGGUUCACCACCUUCUUCAGGAAGUGUCCGGCUCUUCCAGGCUCCUCCCUGCACUGGACGUGGUUGGGGAAGGCGGAGUUGCGGUAUGGCGACCUCACCCUCCGGGUCUCCACCCUCCAGAUGUUCAUAUUGCUGAACUUCAACCAGCAGGAGGAAAUUUCAGAGGAGGAGAUCCGGAAUCGGAGCGGAGUGUCUGGAGGAGUGCUGAGGAGUUCUCUGGAGCCGCUGACGGCGAAGACCGGAAUCCUGGCAAUACGGGAGGAGACCGGGUCUUUGUAUCUGGACACAUCGGUGUUGUGUGACGAGGGGGCGGGGCCAGUUCUCACUCUGAUCCCUACACGGGGGAAGGGGGCCCCCGAUAUCUCCAGUCUGGAGGAAAAGAGGCGUUUCAUACUGGAGCUGGUGGAUCAAGUCAUGAGGGAAGAGCGCUAUGUCCAUAUAGACGCCUUGGUGGUGAAGGUGAUUGGUGCUUCCCGGAAACGGACAGACACGCCUCCUUUUACUUGUGCCACCGAUGUGCUGUGCUGUAUAAUGUGCCGGCUCAGGGACGGCGCCAUCUACAGGAAGACGGACAAUCCGCUAAUCCUUGGCUGUAAAGAGGAGUCUCCUCCUUCCCCUCCCCCACUGAGCCCGCUGCUGUCACAUGAUGAGCCUGUGAUGCCCAUCCCCCCACAGGUGUCCGAGUUCUGCAGCGUCCGCAAAAUCACCAACAACAUCGGAGCCGCGUCGGAGGAGAGGCCAAUGUUCCGAACAUUCCGAUAUCCGGAGUAGCCUGCAGCUCCCGGGAACGUCACAACGUAUCGAUUGGAGAUCCCGGCGUGACUUCCCGGUUAUAGCAAAUAAACAUAUUGUGAUCUAUCCACCAAUCCAAUCACACGACUCCAGGUGACUACACAGGUCACAGAAGCUCCGCCUCCUUCCCAUCCAGGACAUGACCACGCCUACUGCGCUCUUCUUUUCCUAUCAAACCGGAUCACUGAGAUGUGUCCUCCCCCACUAAACGUAACUCCAACCAACGCGUUUCUCUCAAAGAGUUAUGUGCCCAUUCUGCAGGCGAAACGCGUUAGGGUUCUGAAAUAGAAUGGUGACUGCACUCUGCCUCUUAUAUAAAUGACUACACACUAAAUCCUAAUGUGCAAAACUGAGGAGGAGAGAAAUUCAGAUAAAGUGUUCUGAGAGAUCUCCUCCCCCAUUCCUGGAUCCUGCGCCUCACCUUCCCACCGCCCUGAAUGCGAGGAUGAUGGUGAUGGAGGAGGGGAGAGUGGGCUGGAGAAGAUUUGCAUUGGUCAUAUGGAGAAAAAUUGAUGUCUGGAGUAAAAGUGGAACUUCACUUCCUCAGUCAACAUCGGCCAUUUGUAUUCCUCGUCCUCCCAUCAUCAUCAUCGUGGAUAGAUAGAGACGU